AUGUAUGUAGAAGUCAAUUGUUAGUUAUGUCUUAUUCUGUGGGAGAGAAACUAAUUUGAAUCGGAGCACUCGAUAAGACAUGAGGAUAAUGUUAAAGCAUUUCCUCUCUGCUUCCCUAACUACUAUUCUUGUUCUCACAGCUCUUGUUCUUGCUCAUGCUCAGACUCAAACAGGCUUCAUCAGUAUAGAUUGUGGAAUACCAGAGAACUCGACUUACACCGACAAAACAACCGGCUUAAUCUACGUUUCAGACUCAGGUUUUAUAGAUCGCCAUGUUGGUGUAAGUAAUACUAUUUCAGUUGAGCACCAUUCUGAUACUCUUGAGCAGCAAUUUUCAACUUUAAGAAGUUUCCCCCAAGGACACAAAAAUUGCUACACCCUAAGGCCAGCAGAUGGGAAAGGGAACAAGUACUUGAUAAGAGCAAGGUUCUUGUAUGGAAAUUAUGAUGGAAAAAUGAUAGUGCCAGGGUUCGAUGUGUACCUUGGAGCUAACAAAUGGGGUUCUGUGAAAUUGGAUAAUGUAUCCAUAGUUGUGAGCAUGGAGAUCAUACAUAUUCCAAAAGCAGAUUACAUAUUUGUGUGUGUAGUGAAUACAGGCCAUGGCACACCUUUUAUUUCGGCUUUGGAGCUUAGGACUUUGAAGAAUUCUACGUAUGCUCCUGUUGAAGCGGCUGUUCUAUAUCGGCGCUAUGAUGUAGGCUCAGCAAGUAAUAAAUACACCAGAUACAAAGAAGAUGUGUACGAUCGUAUAUGGCAGCCCUUUAAUUUCCCAGAUCGCAAAGUUAUAAGUACAUCGUUGGCAAUAGACUCUAAUAUUGUUCAAUCCUCUUUCAACCCACCAUCAAGUGUUAUGGCCACUGCCAUGUCCCCAGAAAAUGUGACAAGUCCUUAUUUUUCAUUCUACUUGAAGCCUGAGAAUCCCACAGCACAAUACUAUGUGUACAUGCACUUUGCUGAUCUACAAAAGCUCCUUCCAAAUGAGUCCAGAGAAUUCUACAUCUAUCAAAAUGGGGAGUAUUUUAAUGGUGAUGUUACACCUCUCAUUCCUAACUACUUAUAUACCACCACUUCAUAUAGUCUUUCACCUGUCAGUGGUGAUAAAAUCGAGUAUGAUCUCCAACAAACCAAGACAUCCACUCACCAACCUAUUCUCAAUGCUCUUGAGAUUUAUAUUGUUAAGAAUUUCACACAAUCACAAACACAUGAACAAGAUGUUGGUGCUAUGUUGAAUAUCAAGUCAAAAUAUGGAGUUAGUAAAGAUUGGCAAGGGGAUCCAUGUGCUCCUUACACAUGGAAUGGUCUUAAUUGCAGCAAUAUUGGCCAAGAUCAAGUUAGAAUCAUAUCCUUAAACUUAUCUUCAAGUGGAUUGACUGGGAUGAUACCUUCUUAUAUAACAGAUCUUACUAUGAUACAAUUCCUGGAUUUAUCAAACAAUAGUUUAACUGGCACUGUACCUGAUUUUCUUUCCAAACUACAAUCCUUAAGCUUUUUAGACUUGAGAGGAAAUAAUCUCACUGGUUCAAUUCCAGUCAACCUCAUUGAAAGAUCCAAAAAUGGCAAACUAGUACUAAGUGUUACUGGAAACACAAAUCUCUGCUCCUCAAAUUCUUGCCAGAAACAAAAGAAGCAUAAAAACAAUAAUGUUUUUAUUAUAGCACUUGUUGUAUCUCUCUCUGCCCUCCUAGUUGCCUUCUUUAUCGGAUGGAGAUUGAUUAAAAGAAGAAAAAAAGGAGCAGACAAGACCAAAUCAAUGAACAAUUUUGGGUCAGAAUUGGAGCGUAAAAAAAAUCAAUUUACUUACUCUGAAAUCACAAGUAUUACCAACAACUUUGAGAAAGUCAUUGGAAAAGGAGGAUUUGGACCUGUUUAUUAUGGCUACCUAAAUGACACUCCAGUGGCUAUUAAAGUACUCUCUGAAGCAUCAGAGCAAGGGUAUAAGGAGUUUCAAUCUGAGGUAUUACUUCUAAUGAGAGUCCAUCACAGAAACUUGACUAGUCUCAUUGGAUAUUGCAUUGAAGACAAUUGCAUGGCACUUAUCUAUGAGUACAUGUUCAAUGGAAACUUGAAGCAACAUCUCUCAGAAAAAAAUACUUGUAUAUUAAGUUGGGAGUCUAGACUAAAAAUUGCAGUGGAUGCAGCACAAGGUUUAGAGUAUCUGCAUCAUGGUUGUAAGCCCCCAAUAGUCCACAGGGAUGUGAAAACUCCCAACAUCUUGUUGAAUGAGAAAUUGGAAGCCAAAAUUGCUGAUUUCGGGCUUUCAAGAGCUUUUCCUAUUGAAGGUGGCACACAUGUAUCAACCAUUGUUGCUGGCACUCCUGGAUAUCUUGAUCCUGAGUACUUCCAAUCAAACUGGUUAAAUGAAAAGAGUGAUGUAUACAGUUUUGGAGUAGUUCUAUUAGAGAUAAUUACAAGUCGAAGUGUUCUAUCAAGAAGUAGUGAUAAUGAGAACAUUCAUCUAUCUCAAUGGGUUCAAUUCAUGGUUGGAAAUGGAGAAAUUAAGAGCAUUGUUGAUCCACGAUUACAAGGACACUUCCAAGUCAACUCUGCAUGGAAAUAUGUUGAAAUAGCUACUGCUUGUCUAAAUAAAAAUUCUAUUGAUAGGCCAACAAUGACUCAGGUUGUGAUGGAAUUAAAUGAGUGUUUGGCACUAGAAAUUGCUAAGGAUAGUCCUUUGACUAAAAAGACGACUCUGAAAGUCCCUACUGAUAUAAAACCUUCACCUAGAUAGACUUUGGUAAGUGGAGUAAUUGUGGAUUUUGUGGGUUAAUUUUAUUUUAAUCAAGCUACAUGUACUAAUAUUUUUGGUAAAAUGUUGUUCAAGUUUGACAUUAAUUUAUUAUUAUUGUUAAAUUCCUUUAUGUACUAAAAGCUUUUAUAAUUAUUA